AUGAUGAACUCUAAUGCAUCACUUAUCAAUCACCAUAGUUUUAUUUUGACAGGUAUCCCAGGGAUACCAGAUAAAAAUCCAUGGAUGGCCUUUCCUCUGGGAUUUCUCUACACACUAACUUUCCUGGGAAAUGGUACCAUCCUAGCUGUCAUCAAGGUAGAUCAGAGUCUCCAUGAGCCUAUGUACUACUUCCUCUCCAUCUUGGCUCUGACUGAUGUUAGUCUCUCCAUGUCCACCUUGCCUUCCAUGCUCAGCAUCUUCUGGUUUAAUUCCCAUGAGAUUCCCUUUGAUGCAUGCAUCACACAGAUGUUCUUUAUCCAUUCAUUUGGAUUGGUAGAAUCAGGAGUAUUAGUAUCCAUGGCCUUCGAUAGAUUUGUGGCCAUCCGCAACCCAUUACACUAUGCUUCCAUCCUUACUUACAGCAUCAUUGGCAAGAUUGGAAUAGCUGUCCUCACCCGGGCAGUCUGUGUUGUCUUCCCUGUGCCCUUUCUUAUAAAGCGGCUACCCUUUUGCCAUUCUAAUAUCUUAUCUCAUUCAUACUGUCUCCACCAAGAUAUAAUGCGGCUAGCCUGUGCCAGCACCCGCAUUAACAGCCUAUACGGACUCAUCGUAGUCAUCUUCACAUUGGGAAUGGAUGCCCUCAUUAUUCUAUUUUCUUACAUUUUCAUCCUGAAGACUGUGCUGGGCAUUGCUUCCAAAACUGAAAGGCUCAAAGCCCUCAACACCUGCUUCUCUCACAUCUGUGCUGUGCUCCUCUUCUAUAUUCCCUUCAUUGGUGUCACCAUGACGCACAGGUUUGGGAAGCAUUUAUCUCCAGUAGUGCACAUGCUCAUGGCCAAUAUCUAUCUGUUACUGCCCCCUGUACUAAACCCUAUUGUCUAUAGUGUGAAGACCAAGCAGAUACGAAGUCGAAUCAUCCACAUGUUCCAGAGAAGAAGGAACAGGGCCUAG